AGCGCGCUGCACUCGUAUACGUUUUGUACGAAUACUCGUAUAUAUGUGUCCCGGGGGUUGUAAUCCUAUUUCAACGCCUCGUGACAUCUUUUCUUUCUUUUUUCGAGCCGUUUUACGCUCUUUCCAAAGCGUGCGCCCUUUUCAAAACUUCUAACGCUGGAUGGUUGCAGAGCACGUGGCCGAAGGGGACACGUGAACCACUUCGGAAGAUCGCCAGCUCCGGGUAGUGCGGUUUCUAAAUUUCCGGACGACAACGGCGAUGAGUAACCCUCAGCCGGCACGCCGUACGCCAUCCAAUGCAUCCAACCCAUCAUAUCGGGCACCGCAGCAACAGGCACCUCAGCCGAGCGUUCCAGGCGCCCCUGCACCGGGAGGUUACGCGGUGCCACCGCCCGGAGCCCCUGCACCGGGAGGUUACGCGGUGCCACCGCCCGGAGCCCCUGUACCGGGAGGCUACGCAAUGCCGCCGCCCGGAGCCCCUGUACCGGGAGGCUACGCAAUGCAAGGAGGAUACCCGAUGCCUCCGCCGGUCGCACCAGCGCCGUUCUACCCAAUGGGAGGAAUGCCUGGUUCGGGAAUGCCCGAUACCGGCCGUGCCUGGGUGGACCCCCAAAAUCCGAACACCCUUUACUAUGAAGGCUUCGAUGCUGGUGCACGUUUUACACCGAACAAUCCACCCUCAAUUCCACCACCUCCCCCUGGUGUGGCUCCUAACCCCGCACAGAUGGCCCAAAUGCAGGGACAAAAUGUCGUAGUCACCCAACGCCAAGCUGGACUUCUGGAAGGACCCCCAGGAGGUGGUGUUGACACGUCUUGUAGCAUAUCAUGACCACCAUCCUCCACGACGACCACAUAAUUUCAUGCAAACUUUGACGGCUGCAACACAUGAUGUGCAACUUCUGCAAACUGAGUGAAAAAAAAAGCAGUUGGUAGUUGCAAAAAUCAAGUAAAAAAACAAAUGUCGUGGUUUA